AUGGCGUCCGACGAUGAGGAUGAUUUGGAAGCUCUGAGACUUGCAGCUUUAGCUUCUUUGAAAAGGAAUAAGGAUGUUUCCUCAGAAAGCCAAAUAAAGCAGGAGUCCCCGUCACUACCAUCAUCUAGUCAGGUUACUUCACAACAAAGUACAAGUUACUCAACAUACCAGCCCCUUAAUCAUCCUCCAUCCGCCCUGCCCCAGCCUAACCAGUUCUACCAGGGCAAUGUGAGAGGGAGGGGGAGCAAUAGACGUCCAUUUAGGGGUGGUAAGGGUAGAGGAGGAAGCUGGAGCAAUGCUCAGUCAGGGCCCAGGUCUUGUUUGAUUGUCUUGACUCAGGAAGAGCCAAAAAAGGAGGAGUUCAGGGCAGGCUUACCUGAAAAUACAGGGCCUCUGGAUUCAGGUCAACCAACCAAGCCAAAGCUGUUACUGCCACAGGAUAAAUGGGCAUCCUUAGGACUUUCUGAUGAAAACAGUCAAUCCUCUCUGUCAAGCCGACCAAAAGAUAAGUUUUCAAGAUAUGAUGACACAGACACCGACUCAGAUGAAGGAUCAGAGGUCCAGGAUUCAUCUGACGAGGAAGAAAAGGACAAUCACAGUGACAAAGAAAAUCAGAAAAGUCUCUCGAAUGUAGAGGAGGCAGAAAAUAGCCCUGAAAACGGACAUAAUGAUUCAAGGUCACCUUCUCCAGACCACACAAGAAGAAGGCGUGGGUCUGACUCUUCAGAGAAAAGGCGUUCAGAGUCACCUAAAUCUGCCAAGAAUCAAACAGAGGAUAAUUCCUCAAGCUCAACUGAGAGGUCCACUAGCAGCAAUUCUUCAAGAUCAAACUCCCCGGCUAGUUCACGAGAGAGUUCUCCUUCAAAAUCAAGACCAAGUUCUCGUGCUAGUAGGUGUUCUAAAAGUAGUUCACAAUCUGCUGCCAGACCAAGUUCACCAAUUGGAAGACAUUCUAAAGACAGUUCACAUUCAGAAUCAAGAUCUGCCCAGAUAAGAUCUCGAAAAGACUCGAGAGGAUCUCAUAAAAGUGCCUCAUUAUCACCCUCUCAAAGACAAAAGAAUGUGACUUCAUCAUCACCAGUGUCAGGAGAUAUCAAAAGUGCAGACAGAAGCCUGGAGAGGCAGGGAACUUCAAGAAAUUUAUCUCUUAAAUCUACUUCUCCGUCUUCUUCACCACUGAGAAAGAGAUCAGGGUCACCAAAACCAUACACAGCAAGAUCAAGAUCAAAAUCAAGAAGUCACUCUAGAGGACCUUCCCCAAGAAAAAUUCCUAGAGGCAGAAGUAGGAGUAGGUCAUACUCUCCUAGAAGAAGAACAAAUGAUAGGUCCCCGUCUCCAUAUAAGAGACAAAAGUCAUUUUCAAGAAGUCGAUCACGUUCACCUUACAGAAGACCAUUAUCUCCAUUUCAAAGAUACUCAAGCAGAUCAAGGUCAAGGACACCUAAGGGUGUUUAUAGACGAAGCAGAAGUCCAUCACCCAGAAGAAGCAGGGACAGAUCCUUUUCUCCUAGAAGGUACUCUCCAAGGCACCGUAGACAGAACAGAUCUCUCACACCUAGACGAGGGAGCAGGUCUCCAACUUUGUCUAGACAGAGGAAUAGAUCUCCUAUGGCACGAAAGAGAGGGAGAUCUAGAAGUAGAACAAGAAGUCCAUCUUUGUCUCCUGCUAGAAGAGAAAGACGGCCAUUAAAAAGGACCAGAAGUCGAUCAAGGUCAUUUUCACCUAGUAGGCAAGGAAAACCUUUUAGACGGUCUAGAAGUAGGUCAUUUUCACCAAGACAAUCUCAGUAUUCACCUUUUAAGUCAAGGUCACCUUUAAGAAGGUUCCCAUCUCCAAGGAGAAGGUCAAGGUCACCAUUACCAGUGAGUGAGAGAAGUUCUUAUCGCAGAUCUCCUUCUCCCAGGUACAGACGAUCCUUAUCACCUCAAAGAAGAAGAGACAGGUCACUAUCACCUGCAAGGAGAAACAACUGGUCUCCACGUUCAAGCAGGAAUAGGUCCUUAACUCCCCAAAAGGACAGACGUCGUUCUCCCAACACUUACUCUACAUCUCCGUGGAAACAGGAGCCAAGGUGGAAAGAGAGUGAUCAGAGAGAAAAAUCAAAGACGAGCAUUGUUGAUAAAAUGUUAGAGAUUGCCGGGCAGCCUCAAAGAGGAAAAAUGGAUGUGAAAGAUUUGUAUGAUGUAUCAAAAAGAGAUGAUAGAAGAGGAGAAGAUAGGAAGUAUGCAAAAGAAAAAGACCAGAGAAAAUCAGUUCAUGAAAGAAUCAGUGUUUCUAAAAGUAUUAGUGAAAGAAGUAUUACUGGUCAGGGCAAGCGAGUAAGUGAAAGAGUUAGUGUUACCAAAAGUGUCAGUGAGAGAAAUGUGAGUGACAGGGAAGUUGUUGGGAGGAGCACAAGUGAAAGGGCAUAUGUAAGUAAAAGUGCUACUGAAAUUUCAGACCCAAAGGACAUGGAAUUGUUUGAGGCCAGGAAAAGAAAAUUCGGAAGGUCAUCAGAGGUUGGUGCUGAAAAGAAAACGAUAUCUUUGAAAGGUAUCUUACCUAAGAAAAAAGACAAAAAUAAGAGAGAAAAGGGGGAAGAAAAUGGAUCUAGAAAGACAAAAUCAUCUGAUUCAAAGGAGGAAAAAAGCUCCAGGGACCAUAAACAUGAGAAAAGUGCCAAAAAGACCAGAAGUGAGCUUAGUAGAAGUGCCAAAAUUACAGUGGAUAAACGCAAAAGUAGGGAAUCGGUGAAGUCUAAUAAGACAAGUGACGAUGAGGAUUCAGAUGAAAGUGUUGGAGGACAUCCAAUGACAGAUGACUCUGAAAGUGAAUCAGAUGAGGAGACAUGGAGGAGCAAAAAAUCGGCUAAUUCUGAGCGGAAUCGGGAUGAUAUAGAGCUUGAGCGGCGGAAAAGAUUGCUGGCAGCUCGGGAGAAAGAAAGGGAAGAAUACAGAGCACAGAGAGAGGAAAGAAGGAAAAAAGAGGAAGAGGAAAGAAAGAAAAAAGAGGAAGAGGAGAGGAAAAAAGAGGAAGAGAGAAGAAAGGAGAAAAUGAAGCGGCAAAAAGCAAGAGAAGAAAGAGAUGAUGUUGAAAAAACACGGGGAAGGGAAAGAUCCCAAGAAAGUGCAAUGGUGAACACAGAUUCUAAAGUGAAGGAGCACAGGCGAAAAAAAUUUAUAGAAGGAAGUGAUGAUGAGGGAGAUGACACAGCAUCUAAAUUGAGACUUAAAACAAGUGUUGUGUUACCCAGCAGAAAAGCUGAUGUUUCUAAAGGCCAAAUGUCUUCAAGAACAAUUGUAACUCGUGACAGUGAGGAGACUGGUGAUGUUGCUAAAAUCAGUCUGUCUAAGACUGACGCUAGGCAUUUAAUUCGAUCUGUCAACAGAGGAAAUAAAGAGGAUGACAUGGAGGAAGAUGAAAAUGAGGAAGGCAUGAAACCAUCAUCCAAGACUGAAGGCAAAGCAAGUCCAGUGGUGAUAUUCCAGUAUGACACAGUGAAAGACAAAGCUAGUCUUUCUGAGGAAGGCUCUUCAAGACGGUCAGUCCAUGCUCGCCUUGGUCUUCCAGUUGAUGUUAAAAAGGUAAAAAAGAGCAAGAGAACAGUGCGUGAAGUAUCCCCUGAAGUACAGAGGAAGACAUCUACACACAAGAGAGCAGUGCGGGAGGCCUCUCCUGAACUGCAGAGGAAAACAUCUUCACACAAAAGAGCAGCCUUUAUCAGUACCAAAGAAGAUGCUUCAGGUGGAAGUGGUGACUUGGAUGCUAGAAUCAAACUCAUCAAAAGGAGGAAUGCAGAGAUUGAGAGAAGAGAAAGGGAAAUCAAAAAGGACAAAGAGAUUUAUGGGUAACAUACCUUGGUAUUGAAGUUUAACUGUUAUUGUUUGACAAUGUAAAUCAUGAAUUUUGGAAAAGACAUCAUAAAAGCACAUGGUGUUGACAUUAAUACACCGAGUGUAUGUAAACUAUGAAUUUGUGGAGAAUGAGUGAAUAUACAUGUAGCUUGAUUAUAUUAAAAUUGUUAGUUUGCUUAAUGUGUACAUGUAUAUAUAUAUAUAUAUGAAUAAUGAUACUUAAAGAUUGUCUCCAUUAGAAUUUCUGUUCUCAAAGUGUAAAUAAAUGUAACAGUGCUACUGAAGUUGGUUGUUAAUGUUCAUGUUGGCUUGAAGGUGUUAAUAUUUGAUGACUUAAAUUUAUGCUUGAAAGUUGAACAGCAUGAAAAGGGACAAAACUGUUUAAUAUCAAAGGUACACUUAUGGAAACGAGAUACGCACAUUGUAAAUGUUUCUGCAUGUUAUCUGUAUAUUUCUGUGUAAUUUGUAUAUAUGUUUUUCUAGCUGGCUUGACACACAGUAGCAAGUUAUUUUAUCAAUAUGUUAGUAUUCAAAAAAGUAAACUUUGUCUGAUUAAAGAUUUUUUUUUCUGAUUCCAAAUUUUGAUUUUGAAUUUUUUAAAAAAUUAUGCCCUAGCCUGUUUAUUUUUCUUAAUUUAAAAAAAAAGAAAUAUUUCAAGUGUUUCAAGUCAGCUUUAAUGUUAGAGUAAAGGGUUAAUGAAAAGUUUUAACAUUAGAUAAGAAGUAAUUCAGUACAGUAAAUAAAGACAUCAAUUAUCAAGUUAUAAUCAUCAUGGUGUACAUUUCUCACUAUUAUUACUUAAUUGUAUUUCAAAUUGUAUGAAAGAUAUUCAUACUAGAAUUUAAGGUGCCAAUUUUUUUUUAAUGGGGCAGCAUGUGAAAUAUGUGAAUUUUUUAGAGACAUAUUUCUUGCACAUUAUAUCCAUAGUAUUUCAGUUUUAAGGUUUAAUUCAUCAUGUUCACUAUUCAAUAAUGUUUACCUUUAAUGUGUUCUCAUUAAUUAUCAGUUUAAACAAGACGGAAUAUGUGUACUGAGAUUUUGUUAAAAGUAGAUUUUUAGAUAACAUAUUCCGCCCAUAUAUAUUAAAUAAAAUUCCUGUACCAAGGUAAUUUUAUUUGAGGCUUUGUGCAAAAGUGAAUGACGAUACAUUCAUAUUUCAUCUUUGACAUAAGUUGUGUCUUUUACAGAAUAAAUGUUAAUCUACCGAAAUAUUUUACUUUUUAGACAUUUCAUUGUUUCUAGUUUAAAAAAAGAAGGGUUUCUCUAAGUGCUAGUAAUUUUAUAAGAAUAUUUAUUUAAAUGAUGGUUUACAUUUUUGUAAAUAGAUUAAUGUAAUAGAGAUUCUUCACAGUGAUUUUGAUUUUUUUCAAAUAUGACACCAAGUUUAAAGAAGACUAAACUAUUGAGUUUUUGAAAAGGAGUACUUCCUAGAUACAUAUUUAAUUGUUUUUAUGUUUUUCAUGUCUAAUUAUAUUUUCUAACUCUGGCAGUUUGCCUGAGUUUCAGUUCCAGCAGGGGUUUCAAAUAUUAAGGUGUUUUUUUGGUUUUAAAAAAGGUUCUAUUUCUGCUAGAUGUAGACUUUAAAGUUUCUUUCAUCAGAACUUUAUUUAAAUUAUUGUUCAUGAACAUAUUAUCACUUAGGAUUAUGUUAUACCUCCUAAAAUGUAAUAUGGCAGCACAGGUGCUUGUCUUUAUACAUGAACCUGUAAGAUAAUUUGUUGUUGCAGUUUAGAGUUUCAUGAAAUAUGGUGACAUAUAACAGUUUGCAAGAAAAUUAUUGAACAAAUAUUUCUGUUUCUUGUAUUGUUUUGUAUUUAUAAAUAUGUAUUUCAAAAGAUUAAAGCACAUUUCUUGUCAAGCAUUAGCAGUUUAUAUUUAGAUGUCUUCUGGAUGUUCAUACAUGUCAUUCAACAUUAAUCGGUGCACUGUUUUUAGCCAUGUAGCAUAUCAAAUUGUAUAGCUUUUUUUCAGAAUCAAAGAAAUUCUUGGACUAAUUGACAGUUUGCAGCAUAUCAAAGUUGACUUUAAGCCAUUCUUAGUUUUGUCUUUGUGUAGCGUCCUUCCUAAAUUCAAAAAUCUAUCUAUCUGUAAAAAACACACAAACCAAAAGGGAAAAGAGAAAUUUUUAGCACAAUUCCAGAAUUAUCAUCAUUUGAGGAUUUUCCUUGCAUUGUAACUAGAUACAACUAUGGGUUAUUGAAACAAAAAUGUUUGUUACACCACCUUAAAAAAAAGGAUAUUGUGAUCCCAAAAAGAGUAAAUUGUGUUUCAAAGAUUAGUAUUGGUUAAUUAUAUUUUAUGUUUGUUUUUAAUUUCAAAACCCUAAAACCAAUCCAUCCAUCAUGCAUGGACGCUAAACAUAGAAAAAAAACUUGGAAUGGCCUUAUAUAAUUUCAGUUUAUCUUAAUGAUGAGUAAUAACAAUGUUUUAUUGCUAUAUUGCAGAGCAGUCGUAUCAGCAGAGGGUUAUCCAGAAAUGGAUGUGGACAUUAUUUCAUUUAUCCCCAUUUGUCUUUCAGAAUCCCCAAUUGUCUUUCAGGAGGAAUGAGUCCAAAUAUGAAAACUACACACGAGCAGGGCAACAUGUCUUGUCUGUAAUUGCAUAAUUUGUUUUUACCAGGUGGAAGAAUAACCUGCAAUUCAUUAAAAGUUCCAUUUCUAUCCUAACUGUAGGUUAACUAUUAAUUGGUUUGUUGCAUUUAAUAUUUGUGAGUUAAAGUAGGUUGUGAAACUCGCUGAUAUUUCUUGCACGCAAAUAAGAGUUGGUUUAAAGUAUUAUGAUUAGGGUAAAGGAGAUACAGGUUUUUGUCAUUAAUUCGAACCAAGAUUGAAAUUCUCCAUAAGUGCAAGAACAUUGUGUUUUCUAAACAGAUAAAUGCUAUUGGAUGUACAAUUCAGUAAUAUAUAGGAGUGAAGCUUUACACCAUUCCAUCACAACCGACAUUAAAGCAGUCUUGGAAAAUUUUUAUGUUCAUUUGUUGAUUUCUAUUUUACAAAUGUUUUCAACUUUAUACAUUGUUUUGUUUCAGGAAUAAAAUAUUUUUAUACAAAAA